ACCUCUCACAUGCCACCACAGUCCUCCCUCACAAAUACAAAAGGGCCCUUUAGCUUCUCAUUGGCCGCUCCUAUAGGCUGGGGCAACAGAGGGCAAAAUGGGAUUUGCAGACAAUGUGACAGCUGCGUUGGGGCUGCCCUAUAAAUAAAGGAGGAGGGAAAUUUGAAAAUCGUAUUGGAGAAACCGGAGGAUGGACCUUGAGAGAGAAGUCAGUGAAACUUUGCAAUCAAGGAUGCAGGCACCAAGGGCAUGUAGUGGGGUGAAGCCAAAUCUAGAGCAGCCCAAACGCCUUGUGUACAAAAAGAUCAUUAAACCGCUUAUGGAAAAAAAACGAAGAGAUCGCAUUGCCCAUUCUCUGAACCAGCUAAAGGCUCUGUUGCUAGAUGUGCCCAAUCAAGGCAACAAGUCUUUUCCCAGUACUCGCACGGACAAGGCAGCUCUUCUUGAAAUGACUGUGAAGCGGAUCCAAACUCUGCAGCAAGCAGUGGCAGAUGACAGGGUCUUCCAGAGUGGAUGCUUGCGUUGUGCCUCCUUUGCUCAAGCAACCAUCUCAGAAAGACAGGCGUACCUAGAACCUCCCAGCCAACCCAUUUCCAGUAAUGAGACCUUCUCACUGGUAUCUACUCCUCAAGUCUCUGGCCUAGAAAAUAUCUCAAGCUGGAAUGAAGAGAAAGAGCCUUUCCGCAGCCUCCUGCGUCCUGGAAAACCAGCUUCCUCCGUGGUUCUAAGCAAAACUGGGUCUCAAGGAUUCUGGAGACCUUGGUCUACCUGAGUCUUGUAUAUAUUUUUGAAAGCCCAUGACUGAAGGAAAAAAUGUAAAUGGUAUCCUGCCAGGACUAUAGUCUCUAAUUUAUUUGGUAUUUGGAAAACAAUGUUAGACAACCUUGUGUUGCUCCAUGGAGAAAGCAUGUACGUCUUGUUCUUGUCUCGUGUCUUAAGCACCAUUACUUGUCUGCACACAAGUAUGUUUUUCUGUGUUUCUUCAUGUGUUGCUAUUUUAUACUGAUUUUUAUUGAAAACAAAAUAACGUAUUUGAACAGAUAAUAAAUGUCUAUUAUAGGCUUACAAUAUAAGAUAUUUCUAUAUUAUCUUUUCACAUUCUUUACAGAUUUAUUCGUAUUACAUUUUGUAUUUUUUCUCCCCCUCUCCUCCCACCACCCUUCCUUACCCUUCCCACCACUUUUCUCUCUAUAUCUUUAUUUUUAACCACGAACACAACCUUUUUAAUCUUUGUACAAUAUCAGUGGCUUCCCCUUCUUCUACCCAUUUCAUAUAUGUUGACCGUUUCUCUUUAAUUUCUUCUGUUUUGUCCUCCCGUGAACCUUCUUGGGUUAUACAUGCAAUAAUAUCUG